AUUAAACGCCAGAUCAAGCUCGUCACCGAGCAGCACGUCUUGCCUGAUGUCCCGUCAGAAGUCGAGGGGUUUCCCAUGCGCGAAUGGAGCAUCGAAGUCUACGUAGUCGGCCCCAACGAUGAACAACUACCCGCAACCUGUUUCGAGAAGGUCACAUACCGUCUGCACGAGUCCUUCGGCAAGCGUGCCAACCAAAGUCUCAAGCAGGCUCCCUUCAGGAUCCAAGAGCAAGGAUGGGGCGAAUUCGACAUGUCCAUCGUCCUCACACCCUUCUCCCAGCCCAAGGGCGAACAGACCAUCUUCCACGACUUGAACUUCCAGCAAGAGCGCUAUGAGAAUCUGCAGCAGUUCGUACGUUGUCCCCAUGUCACUGUACUCAUAUCAGAACUGAUCCGUCAUGCUAGANCUUUCCGUAAUCCCAAGCCUGAACUUGUCGAAAGACUGAGGGAAUCCGGUCCCGUCGGAGACGCCAAUGGUGCUGCUAAGCCCGAGAAGAGAAAGAAGGCAUCCAAGACUCAAGUCGACAUGGAAAAGCUGGCAGAGGGUCUGGAGCGACUUGGCGAAGACGACCUCUUGCACGUCGUCCAGUUGGUACACGACAACAAGACCGAGGAAACAUACACUAAGAACGACGUCGAGAACGGUGAGUUCCAUGUCGAUCUCUACACUCUCCCCGACCAGCUCAUCAAGAUGCUGUGGGACUUCGUCAACCAGAAAGUCAACAUUGCAGAAUUUUGA